UCCACCCGGUCAUGUUUAAACGCGGUACCUACAUGCCGCUCACAGCAUUAGAGUUAUUUAAAGAAUAUUCGUAUCAUGUCAUUUUUAUAAUAUAGAAAGGUGCAUACCAGCACAUUUCUAGACGUUUUUAAACAGCUUCGUGUACAUACGUAGUUACUGGAAUAUCAGGAUGUUUGCAAAAGCGUUUCGUGUGAAAUCUAACACGGUUAUCAAGGGAUCUGACAGGAGGAAGCUCAGAGCAGAUAUCUCCACUGCUUUUCCUUCGCUGUCAGCGGAGGAUCUCAAUGAGCUUGUCCCAAAUAAAGAAGAGCUGAAUACUGUGAAGAUAUACGCACAUAAGGGAGCUGCAACAACUCUAUACGUCCUUCAUAAAAAUCCCAUUUUCUUUCAGCUGGAGAAACAGCUUUUUCCCACAGUGUACACACUAUGGCGAUAUCCUGCCAUGCUCCCAACGUUCACCACAUGGCCACCUGUCCUGCAGAAGUUAGCUGGUGGAGCAGAUCUUAUGUUGCCGGGUGUAGUGGUACUUGCUAGUGGCGUUCCUGAGGUAUAUCAAGGAGACUGUUGUGCUGUCAAUCUGGUCAUGAACAGGGCACCAGUCGCUGUUGGUACAGCUGCCACGUCGAGUGCUGAGAUGAGGAACAGUGGAAUGAAGGGGAAAGGAGUGAAUGUUUUGCACACAUACAUGGACCAGCUGUGGGCAUUUGGGGAUAAGACAAAUCCCCCAGUUAUACCAUUCAUAAACUCUUCAGCACAGGUUGAGACCGAGGAAUGUGAAGAGGGGGUGAAAGCAGAGGGGCAGGUGAGUGAUGGACAGGACAAUCCUGAACCAAAUGCAGUGGAAACAUCUUGUCAGGGCAUGCAGGAGCUGAGACUGGCAGAUCAGGACUCGGAGGCGCUGAAGGACAAAGAACCGGUUGAGGAUGGAGAGGGAGAAGACAUUGACGAAGACGAUAACGACUCUAGAUCUCCGCAAGAGCAGACGGAUGCAUUAUUGCUCCAGUGCUUUCUUCAUGCACUUAAGGCUAAAGUAAAAAAGUCAGAGCUCCCCCUGCUGACCAGCACCUUUCUGCGCAACCAUAUGGCAUCCUGCUGUCCUAAAGGAAAGCAAAUUGACAUCAGGAAAUCCAGUUAUAAAAAGCUCUCUAAGUUUCUGCAGUGCAUGCAGCGAGAUCACAGUCUGAUUCAGGUGAAAGAGUUGAAAAAAGGUGUGGAGAGCAUUGUAGAAGUUGACUGGAGGAACCCUGAGUUGUGCUCCUUCAGCAUCCCAGAAGAUUGUGGGCAAGAGAAAGACUCUGUGGAGGAGGGCGGAGCUUGUGAGGUCCCGUUCCAGCCCCCUGAAAUCACACCCCUGUAUGGGGUCACGGCACAUCUGGAGCCUCUCUUUCAGGAUGCCAAGAAAAGAAAGGGAGCGACUCUGAAGGCAAGUGAAGUGAGGAAUAUUAUCACAGAUUAUGUGAAGGAAAAUGAACUUGUUCAUGAAACCAACAAAAAUUAUGUUAAUAUAAACCCUACACUUUGUGACUGCUUGCUGGAGAAAUCUGAGUACCAGGAAGUAGAGAAUCUGAAAUGGGAUGAUCUCAUUAGCAGAACACUAAGUAAAAUGCAGGCAUGCCAUGAGGUGCUGUUUCCAGGUCAGCCCCCUGUGGUUAAGAAAGGUCAGGUGGAACCCAUAGACAUUACCGUUGCCACCAGGGGCUCUAAUAAGAAGGUCACAAUUGUUAAAAACCUGGAGGCGUUCGGUUUGGACCCAGCUGUGGUAGCAGACACCCUGCAGCAUCGGGUCCAGGCCAGCUGUUUCCUCCAGGAUUCCCCAGGCGUGAAAAACAGAGUCCUGUUACAGAUCCAGGGAAAUCAGAUACAACAUGUUGGCAAACUGCUGCUGGAUCAGUAUCACAUCCCACGGAAAUAUGUACAAGGUCUUGACAAAGCUCCCAAACCAGGCAAGAAGAAAUAGCAGAUGUUCAACAUCAGACAUUCACAUCAAAUAGGUUGCUGUA